UUCAUUUCCGUAAAACGUCUUUUGGUGUAGUAAAGCCACGUGAAACAAACAUGGAUAAACCAGUAGUUUUAGCUCGUGUUAUAAAAGUCCUAGGUCGAACUGGUUCACAAGGACAAUGUACACAAGUAAAAGUCGAAUUUUUGGGUGAACAAAACCGACAAAUUAUCAGAAAUGUAAAAGGACCGGUGCGAGAAGGUGAUCUCCUAACCUUACUAGAAUCUGAACGUGAAGCAAGAAGACUUCGAUAGACAAGUUUGGUUUUGGAGAAUUUAUCCUUGGCACUUAAAAAUCGUUACCAGUGUCUGGUCUUUACCUACAUAAUUCAUUCCAUCGACAAAACUGGGGAUCAUCCCACUAUUCCAAUAGCAUGAGCAAACUUAGUUCAAAACAUCCAUGUCAAUGAAAAUGUCUACAACUUUUGUAAUAAAUACUGGCUAAUAUUUAACAAAGUA